CCAAAUCCCAAAUUAUUAUAAAAAGGAAAGAGACCAAAUAAGCACUCUGUUCUUUUUGCUGAUCACAAGCUAAAAGCAGUAUACUUUCCAACAACCUUGUAAGAUCAAAUUUCAUUUUCAAAUAAACUAGAUAUAUAUUGUACCACAUAGAUUGUUUGGUUUGGUCCAUCUUAUUUCUCACCUCAAAGGAAACAAAUUUCUUAUUCUUUGAUUAGCCAAAUCUUGUUCCUCUAUAAGUGAUGGAUGAAAAUUCAACUACCAAUGGAACCAAUGAAGUUGUUUUGAACAUAAACAAUGAUGUCCCUAACAAGAGUGAAGACUCAAGCUCCUAUGCCACUGCUUCUUUCUUGCAAAAGUUGGUAGCUGAGGUGGUAGGCACAUAUUUCUUGAUAUUUGCCGGUUGUGCUGCUGUCGCGGUGAACAAGAACAACGAUAACGUGGUGACGCUUCCCGGAAUUUCAAUUGUUUGGGGACUUGCUGUAAUGGUGUUAGUUUACUCUCUUGGUCAUAUCUCUGGUGCUCAUUUCAAUCCUGCAGUUACCAUUGCUUUUGCUACCACAAGAAGGUUUCCCUUAAAACAGGUUCCAGCUUAUGUAGCAGCUCAAGUCCUUGGAUCUACACUUGCAAGUGGAACUCUUAGACUAUUAUUUAGUGGCAAAGAUGAUCAAUUUGUAGGAACACUUGCAGCUGGGUCUAAUCUUCAAGCUUUUGUGAUUGAAUUCAUAAUCACUUUUUAUCUUAUGUUUAUCAUUUCUGGAGUUGCCACUGAUAAUAGAGCAAUUGGUGAAUUGGCUGGUAUUGCUGUUGGAUCUACAGUACUUUUGAAUGUGAUGUUUGCAGGGCCAAUUACAGGAGCAUCAAUGAAUCCAGCAAGAAGUAUAGGACCUGCAAUUGUACACAAUGAAUACAAAGGAAUAUGGAUAUACUUAGUGUCUCCAAUUCUAGGAGCCGUGGCCGGUGCAUGGGUUUAUAACGUAAUUCGGUACACCGAUAAGCCGGUUCGUGAGAUCACCAAGAGUGCAUCUUUCCUCAAAGCAGCAAAGCCAUAGGGAUGGCUUUGGUUGUUGAUUUAAUAGCAUGUUUAGUUUUUCCUUAAGAAGGUCACAUGUUAUGUUCUAACUUUAAUCUAAACAUGGAUCUUUCCAAGGAGAAAACAAAAAGUUAUUAUAAAGCAAAUUGCCUUAUUGUCAUUUAAAGAGACAAGAAGUUGUUAAAUUUUAAUUUUGGUGAUUAUCAUCAUUUAUAUAUCAAGGGUAACUAAAGUAGAAGGAAGAAUUACUAGUAUAAAUGGUAGCAAUAUAUCAUAAAAUGUUUGUCUCAUUGUAUUUUGCUUUACCAAGUUUAUCUUCAUAUUAAUGGAUUGAGAUGUUUUCUCUCCCAA